AUCCAUUUAAGUUUGGGCGUUGCAUUCUAAUUUAGGAUAUUGUGCUUCGAAAAAGUUGUCAAAGAUAGUUUCUGACGUGUGGAAUCGCUAGUGAUAAAAAACAACAAUGCAGAAUUCAACAUCAAAAGAAAAAGAAAAAGUAGCUACAGUAACUAUAUCUCCUAAUUUACUGAAAAAUUUCAACGUUUACGACAUUUUGGAACCGGAAAAAAAUGACGUAUUUAGUGAUGCGGCUAAGGUGGAUAAAUUAAUCGAUAUCGAUGACUCUUCUCGAGACUCCGGAUUCCAAGAUGCGGAUAAUAAUGCCUGGUUAUUGGAUAAUAAUAAGGAAUUUAAUUUAGUAGAUUUAUUUCAAAACAUUUUCGUUACACCACAGCAUAUUAAGAAGAAAGAAACAUACGAAGACGUUGGUGCUACAUUUUCGGAUAGCAAAACUGUUGAUCCAGGUUUCAACGAGUUUCUGGAUAUGUUGGAAUCUGGACAAAAGAUUGACUGGACUAAUAUUUCAACGAAGGAAAAAUCUGUGUUAAAACAUAAUUUUAUUCAGAAAAAACCGAAGGUUUUGGUACCUAAAGUGAAUCUAAGUGAGUCGGAAUCGGACCCCGAAGAAUUAAUACACGAAAUACUAACUAAUAAAAAAAUGGAAAAAAUAGAUUUUAAUGAUUCGCAUAAAUAUCAAACAAAAAUCGACCGUAAUGCCCGUAUGCCCGAAAUUGAUGUUAAAAAACCAAAAAUAAUUAAGACUCCAGAUUUGAUUCCUGAAUUUUCUCAUCGCUCGGAAAAUAGUGUCAGCAAAGGCGUUAAAUUGGAUAAUAGUGACAUUAAGAAUGUAGCUCAAACUGCAGGCAUUAAUACUAAGAGAACAUCGGAGAGACUCUUUAAGAAAAAUCUUGAAAGACAAAAUAGAGUUUAUUCAACAGAUUUCGUUGUAAAAGCUAUGCAAAAAGAUGAAAAAAUGUAUAGAAAGAAACGAUUACAAAAACCCGAGCAUUUAAUAGCAAAUUAUACAAAAGGGCCAGAUUUUUACGAAAAAUCUGUUGUCUUACCACAAAUAAUGGCGCGAAUGAACGCGAAACUGUCAGAGUUAGAUGAAAAAAGUAAUCAAAAAAGGAAAUUGAUCUUAGACGCUGGCACUGCACCGAAAUCCGAAUGUAGCCCGCCGAAAGAAGUUAAGGACAUCAAAACAAAACAAAAUUAUCUGCCAGUGACUGCCAAGUAUCAGCCAGAACCAGUGAAAAAGACAUUGAACAUUGCGAUGAAUAACAAAAAUCAUCAAAAUCAUUUGGUUCAAGGUUUGCAGUUGAUUAAAACAGUUAAAGGUACCGACAAGGAACCUCAAAUGUGCGCUAGUAAAACAAAUAAUCACAGCGCUGUCUAUGCAACGGUAGGGCAAUCUUGGAAUUGCAGUAAACCGACGAAAACCGACAACUCUAACGCUAAAAAAUCUACUGAUAACGCUUUUGGUGAAUUAAAUCCCGUAGUUCUAAUGGAAGAUUGCAAUAAGGAAAGGCUAAAAGCUUUCAAAACGGGUCAAAUGCUGAGCCAAUUCAUCGUAAAAGGGAAUUAUAGUGCUUGAAAGGUUAGAAAAGUUGAAAGCUGAGAAUGAAAGAAAAACUAUGAUAAUGAGUUCACGUCUUUUAUCCCCGAAGGGGUAGGCA